AUGAUAUCAUAUUUAUACAUUAUAAUUUUAUUGAUUGAAGUUAUUAAUACAUCUACAUACCUUCUUCCGGCUAGUAAAUGUCCGAGAGAAGAUUCCCUCCGAAAGUGUCUUGAUCAACACAUUAAAGGAACUGUCAAUUAUCGAGAUGACUUUUUUUCCUAUAAUACUGAUCUUAACGUAGAAUACAAUCAACGAAUCAUUUAUUUUCCAGUAGCAUUUGUUCGUCCGAUAGAUGUAAUAGAUGUCCAAAAUACUAUUAAAUGUGGAGCAAAAUUAAAUUAUCCUAUUGUUGCAAGAUCAGGCGGUCAUUCUUCUGAAAGCUACAGUCUUGGAGAUAGAGAUUGUUAUUUAGUUAUUGAUCUUAUAACCUUGAAUGAAGUUACCGUCGAUAUAACUUCACAAACUGCUAUAAUAGGAACAGGAAACACGCUAAAUCCAUUAUAUUAUGCAAUAAACCAAUAUGAAUUUGCAUUUCCAGGUGGGCUUUGUCCUCAUGUUGGAGUUGGUGGACAUAUAAUGGGUGGUGGUAUGGGACUUAUUGCUCGAAGGUUUGGAUAUGCAUCGGAUAGUAUUCUCGAUGCACAAAUCGUUUUAGCAAAUGGAACAGUAGUUAACAAUGUUAAAGAACAUCCUGAACUUCUCUGGGCUAUUCGAGGAGCAGGAAAUGCAGGCUAUGGCAUUGUUACAUCUUUAACCCUUAGGAUAUAUCCUAUCCCGAAGACCGUAGCUUAUCAUAGUUUUACAUAUGAUAUGAAUCAGAUACCAUCACUUAUCUCAGUAAUAAAUCAAUUGGGGUAUAAUUUACAUCAAAAUUUAACUUUCGCAACUGCGAUCUUUGAAUCUCAAGUCCACGUUAAUGGAAUUUAUUUAGGACCUGUAGAUGAAUUGCAACUUCAUAUGCAAGAAUUUAUUAAAUUAUCUAAACCUAAAAGUGUGUCGUAUAUUGAAGAUGAUUUGUACAAUGUAAUUCUUUAUGACUCAGGAUCAGCUUCAAAUCAUAGUGAUUUUAAAAUAAAAUCAUUCUACAUUGAUUCUACUGGGUUAUCUGAUGAAGGAGUUAACUAUCUUAUGAAAUUUGUAGAAAGGUUUAAAUGUAAAAUAGGCGUUGAUUUUUCACUAAUUGGUGGAGGAGUUGAUAAGUUUAGAAGAAAUGAAACUGCAUACGUCCACAGGGGAUUUUUAUAUCAUUUAAAAUUGAAAGCAUUUACGCCUACUGAAGAGUGUUUACAGGAUUUAGGAAUGUUUUCUCAAAAUUUUCAGCGAAAAUAUACCAGUUAUGAAAGUUAUCAGAAUCACAUUGAUAGACAAUUAGAUAAUUGGCAAUGUAGAUACUAUGGAGAAAAUUUUGGAAGACUGGUGGAAAUUAAACGAAAAUACGAUCCUUAUAAUUUAUUUCGUUGGAAUCAGAGUAUAUCUACUAAUACUAGAAUUUCAUGUUAUUAA